GGCGCUGCUGGGGCCGGGGCGGCUGCUGCCGGGGCCUGCGGGAGCCUGAACCUGCAGGAGCUCAACGAGUCUCAAGUAGGGAUGAGAUCGCGCCGCCGACCCGUGGCUGGCGGGCAGAGCAAGCCAGAGGACGUGGUGAUCGUCUCGUCCAAGUACAAGCAGAAAUACGAGUGCCGCCUGCCCUCCGCCGCCGUGAGGAUCCACCAGGAUGCCGAGGAGCAGCCGCAGAGUUACCAUGGGCUGGGGAUCUCGGAUCUGCUGAGGCCGAUGGAGGCUGCUCCCUGCCUCGUAAAAACCAAGGACUGGUGGACGUACGAGUUCUGCUACGGGAAACACAUCCAGCAGUACCACGUUGAAGAGUCGGAGAUUAAAGGAGACAUCCUGUACCUCGGGUAUUAUCAGUCGGCGUUCGACUGGGACAACGAGACAGCAAAGGCUUCGAAACAACACAGGCUCAAACGCUACCACAGCCAGACCUACGGCAAUGGCUCCAGGUGUGACCUGAGCGGGCAGCCCAGGGAGGCUGAAGUCAGGUUCCUGUGUGAAGAGGGCUCUGGUGAUUACAUCGCCCGGGUGGAUGAGCCGCAGUCCUGCUCCUACGUCCUGACCAUCCACACGACCCGCAUCUGCCACCACCCCUUCCUGCGCCCGCCCUCCAUGGCCACCCCCCAGGCCAUCCGCUGCCACCCAGCCCUGAGCCCGGCCCAAUACGUGGACUACGUCCAAGCCCAAGUGUUCGACACCAAGCGCAAGGUGGAAGAGAUCUCCGAGGAGCUGAAGACCCUGGACACGAGGCUGUGGAACCAGCGAGAUCCCAACCCUGCCACCCAGCGCCCGGAAGGUGUGGACCCAGCCCACCCCCUCCACGAGGAACAGGAAGCGGACGCCGCUCCCGGGGAAACCUCCACACCUGGCCCAGGGGAUGACACCGACUUCGGGGAUAGAGCACUCGGAGCAGGCGGGCUGCCGGACCCCACCAAGGAGGACGAGGCAGUUGUGAAGCCAGCAGAUGAUCACCUGGCUGAUUUCCAGCAAAAAAUCCACUUCAAAGUGAUCCGGAGCCCAGGGGAUCUAGUCCAAUUUAUCGAGGCGCUGAAGGAAAGCACCAAGAAGGGGAAAGAGAAGGUGAGUGAGUCGGUGAAGAGCCAGGAGGCCCCGAGGGCCAAGGAGGCUCUGGCCGCCGGGAGCGAGCGCCCAGAGGAGGACGACGACGAGGACGACGAUGACCUCCUGGGGAAGUUUGAGGAGGAGCUGGAGGACAUCCUGCUGCCCAGCUCGGAGCGGGCCAAGCUGAAGGAGGAGGUGAAAACAGAAAUGGAGAAGCAGUUCGACAACAUUAUUGACGAGGUGGAGGAUGAGCUGGAGACAGAGGGCCUGAAGGGCGAGUUUGAUCGGAACCACGCUUCUAAGUCGCUGGCUUCCACCCUCAACAAACUGAUGGACAAGCUGGAUGGCGGCAAAGCGGCCGAGAAAGGCGGGGAGGAGGAGGAAGAGGAGGGCGAGGGAGACUCGGCCAGGAGCAGCGUGAAUCACUUGGAUAAGCAAGCAGCUGAGGCCGACUCGGACGGGCGUGUGAAGGUCAGGGUCACUAGGAUAAAGCCAGGCAGCCCCCUGCAGAAGGAGCUGAGGGUGAGAGAGAUGGGCAGCGAGAACCCGCAGCUGCGACACAUUGAGAAUGUGGUUAAGGACCUGCUGGAGAGAGAGGGCCUGAAAGCGGAAGGUAAAAUCGAGAUCAAAAUCGUGACGACGGGGGGCUUCGGGGAUGAGGACGAUACCCACUGGCUGUCAGACGAGGACACCAAGAACCUCAAAGACAUUUUCUUCAAUAUCCUGAUCCAGGGCACGGAGGAAGCUCACAAGGAGCGGAGGCGGCAGCAAGAGCUGGAGGACAACUACCGCUUUGUGUGGGGGCAGCGGCAGGAGGAGGCGCCAGCGGCCGGCGGCACCGACUCGGAGGAGCUGGAUUUCUGAGCAGGCGCCAGAUGACACCCCCUCGCCCCUGAAUGUCCCCUUGACUCGUCUAGUCGUGUGACCAGACAGCAAGUGGGAAAAAUCAGGUUGGGUGGUGAGGGGUAAUAGACACCUCUAUAAGACAAAGCCCCAAAUAUUGGCACUGGCCCUAUAAAAUCGGGACGGCGGGUCACCCUAUUGACUAGUAACCCAGGCACCAUGGCUUCUCUCCAGAGGAUGCCCGGCGGGGCCUGGCACCCACCAGCACUUGGGGGUGGGGGGCAUCUAUCGCUCCCAUCCCCCCAGCCAGCCAAGGGGCCUUUGUCUGGGAUAUCUCCUGUUAGGAGGAUGGAGAGGGACUGGCUGAUUUCCAUGGUAACUGACGGCAGGAACAUCCUCUGAUCCCUCGAGGAAGGGUGGGCGUGGGCUGCACCUCUGCCCGUGUGACCCAUCUAGCACAUGCUAGUAGGUUCCAUGCACCAACCCUCCUCCCCAUGAGAAUAAUGGUGUCUCCUCACCCGUGGGGGCUCUGCCGGCUGACCCCCUCAGGAGCAGGGGCUGCCAGGCCUCCACCUUUCAUAGAGCUGGACUCCCCGGGGGAGCUCUGCCCAGCGGCGAGAUCAGGUGGCAGGGGCAGGCUGCUGGGUGCCGCCUGCAAUCCAGGCAGGCAAGAGGUCAGGCUGGGCGCGGUUCUGCGGUGCCUGGGCAAAGGGAGGGCGGAGCUGGAGCCCUGGCCUUUCAUGAGCCAGGCACAUGGAGAAAUGCCCGUUGGAGCCUGCAGUUGCUGCCAGGUUUGGGUCUAGAGCUGGGGGGCGGGGCCUGGAGCCUGGUUAGCUCCUCCCAUGCCACUGCUAAACCUGGCAGGAGCUGUGCUGCAGCUGGGCCCCAUCGCUUGUAGCCUCCCCAGGGCCAGUACUCAAUUGGAGCAGGGGAGGUGGCUUAGGUCAUUUGCAUAAGUCGUUACCCAGCCUGCUCUCCUUGCCCAGCCUGGGCUCCGGACACAGCUGGGGGCAUUGGAGCAUCGCCGUGCGCAGGAGCCGGGUGACAGCAGGAGCGCAGAGGGUUAGCGAGACCUCACCCUGGGCCUCUGUCUGCCUGUGGCAGCCUCUGAGCCCAUCCACCCUCUCUCCUAACGAGACAAUUCACUUUCUCUCACAAGCAGCGGGAAGAAAAGGUCUCCCCAGCCCCUGCCCGCUGUGGGAGGGGCUGGGGGGACCCCGCUUCCCAAGGAAAAGGUUGGAAAACCAUCCACAACUCAAUUUGUGUCAAUAAACCAGGCUCGACUAGUC